AAAUAAAUUAAUUAAAUUUUCUACUAAAUCAUGUCGAAACAAGCAUCAAAGAAAAGCAAAUGGUCCUUGGACUUCAAUAGCAACAAAUCUAAUGACUUGCCUGCACCAAUCGGUUUUAACCCCAGUGCAAUGGUCAAUCAAACGGAAGUUGUUAGAGAUCAACGUUUGGUUAUGAAAAAAUCCUGGGAUUUGGCAUUGGGACCAUUGAAACAGAUACCCAUGAAUUUAUUUAUCAUGUACAUGUCCGGCAAUACCAUCUCCAUUUUCCCAAUUAUGAUGAUUGGCAUGAGUUUAAUACGUCCCAUUAAGGCAAUGUUCUCUACACAGGUUACCUCGAAAAUGGCCGAAGGUGCACAGGGUACGGGUCAGAAAUUGGUUUACUUUUUGGGUAAUUUGGCAAAUGUUGCUGUGGCACUGUACAAAUGUAAUAGUAUGGGUUUGUUGCCGACACAUGCAUCCGAUUGGCUGGCAUUUGUGGAACCGCAGACACGUUUAGAAUAUUAUGGUGGUGGGGUGUCAUUUAUUUAAAA